AUGACAGCUGGAAUGAUCAAAGUACCGAGUAUAAUGCCCUUGCGAGUUCCGCUCGGAGGAACCGGCAGAAAAAACAUGAUCGACACUCAUACACCAAUAGAACUUCGAUCAGAAACACCAGACACUUUGAUCUAUUACACGAUUAAUGGAAUGAAGCCCGAACCUUUCAAGCAACUAGGGAUCAAGUGCACUUACAAGUACAACCGACCGUUUGUUUUGGGUCCGGGAAAGCGAACGGUAAAGGCAAUGGCAACAUCGAGUGAUGGCACAAGAGAAAGCUCCAUCGUCACGAAAACAUUUCUGGUUGAAGAGCCUGAGGGGAAAGAUGAGCUGGCAGAUGAUGUUUCUGAACUUCAACAAAGCAUGUCUUCAUCUACUGGGAAUUUAAGGGAGUCAUCUGGCACUUUGCUUGGACAGAUCCUUGAGAAUACCAAAGGGUCAAAGCUAAAAACUUCGGAGGCAUGGGGAACUGAGGGGGGUUCUAAGCGAUUUCUCACGUCAACGCCUGACAACUGGGAAGAAGUAAAAGGCUCAAGCUUCCGAAAGCCAAGGAGUGAGCCUAGAUUUACAAUGUCACGGUUUGCUUCAAAUCAGGCAAUGAUAGGGACAAUGGAUCGGUCACCUUCUGAAGUUGACGGGGAAUUGAGGGAGAGACGUGGUCCUGAGAACAGAGUUCAAGUUAGUAAGAUUCAGCAGCAGACAGAUUUUUUAAAAUGCGUCUACUGUCUAGCACCCAGACCAUCUGACCCUUAUGCGAAGUUUUGUUCUGAGUGUGGCUCUCCUAUUCCUCCGUUGCCAUCAUCCCGACUCCCUCCACCAGAGGGUGGACAGCUUGGAAUGUGUGUCUCCUGUCACUCAUUAGUGCCAUUAAACACACCCACUUGUAUCAUCUGUGAGGCACCCAUCUCACCCCAGCGUCAACCACAGGCAAGCAAGAAAUUAGCGCAUAAGUUAAUGUGUUCAGUAUGUGGCACAGGAAACCCACCUGACUUGAAAGUUUGUGUCACCUGUGAAUCAAGGCUUCCUUAUAAUGCCAAACAAAUAUUUACUGGCACUAGUGCGCCCCCAAGGCCAAAGGACUCGAUUAGUAGCAUCAUGACAUGUUCCAAGUGCUCUCGGGUAAACAGCAGCGAUGCACGCUUUUGCGACUGGUGUGGAUCGAAACCACAGCCCUACCAAAGCCCCCUGAUAUGCUCUCAAUGCCAGGCUUCAAACAGCGCAUUUGCAAAGUUCUGUAAUACCUGUGGAUGUGGCAUCGAACCCCCACCAAGAAUUUCAAGGCAAAGUUCUGGAAGUGUGAUUGGAACUAUAGUUGAGAGAAGCAGCAUUCAUGAUAUGCGAGGAAGAUCAGAAAGUGCAACUUGGUUGCCUGUCUCCAUUCCUUCAACCCCAGCUGAGACAGCAGAUAAAGGUAUAUUACAGUCGAACCUCCAUGUGCGACCACCUCUCGUAAGCGACCACCUCCCGUGAGUGACCGCCAAGCAAGCUGUAAACUGAAUUUCUUUGCACCCUGAGGUCCCAAGUUAAAAAGUGAGGUGACACUACUAUCAACAGUAUUUCACUGAAAAAUGGCUAAGCCAAAAUGUCUGGAAAUUGAAAACGACAAUUUGGGACUAUAAAUAGUGUUCUUAUUAUUUUCUGUAUUUUUUCAUGACCAUUUGUAUUUUUGCUGUUUUUGUGAAUUCACGUGAUGACAUGCUUUGUCAAAUAUGUUCCCUAUAAAAUGCGGAUACUUGUUUUGGCAGCCCAGUUUGAUGCUUUUUGCCUCGUCAAUUGAUGUACAGAAAUGAAUUUUGAUAUUCAAAGUUUGUAAAGCAGUGAAGAAUGAUUUUAAUUUUGCUUAAGCAAAGUCACAUCAACUGGAAGUGGAUUUUUUGCUUUCUUGGACAUUGACUUUGCCCAAAAUUUUAGACAAAUCGUUUCUGUGAGACUAAAGAGACUUCAACAAAGUUCAAAUUAAUUUGUAAGCAUCAAGAUAAUUUAAAAGAAAAAAUGUCUCACUUCCAAUUGACGGCAACGCUCAAAAACACCUUUUCUUAAGCUCCCUAAGGUCUCUGUCUUUGUUUCGUCUUUCCCCAGCUACUUCUACAGUCGGAUUGUUCUACCCCUCUGCAACCAGCAUCCAAUCACAGUUUGAACUUGAAGCCCAGGAACGGAGUCGGCUCGAGGCUUCAAGAGACAGGAGGCCAGCACUAGCUGCUGUAAGUCCCGGUAAGGGGUUCUGGAGGCAACAGAUGGACCAUGUCUGCUCUCAUAUUCGUGCCCAUGCUCAAAACAAUCCAGAUUUCAGAUCUACCAUAGGUGAGCCAAGGCUGGGGAAGAUAAUAACCGCUACAGUUCACGAAGACUUGAAUGGAGAAGAGGUCACAUUGACCGUGACCUUCGCGCGGAGAGAUGGAAAGGAAAUGUGGAAAGAGAAAUCUAAAGCCCUCUCUUCCAGUCUGAGGGCAUUGAACCUCUCUGGAAGCAGGGAUGACUUGCAAGGGAGCAGGAGACAGACUCAAAAUGGUUUGAAAACCACAGCAAAGGGAAAGAAGCAGAAACGGAAGGGAAAAGACAGUAAUAAGGACAAACUAAGUGAAGAGGAUAAGUUACUGUUAAAAGAGAUUGGACCGAAAGGUACUUAGUUUAGUCUACUGUAUUUACUCAAUUAAGCGCCGUCCUCGAAUAAUCUUACCUUUCUUCCCCACCCCCUCCCCGCUCAUUUACUCGCGUCAUUUUUUGCGCGGUCUUUGACUCUCGUUCCUCGUUCUUUGCUCCGAAACCACAUGGAAACGCUUGCUACUCAAGCUAACCUAUUAUCGUACACGACCACCCCCCCCCCCCCCCCCCCCCCAACCGCACCCCCCCACUUUGUUUUUUGGGGGGUGUCCCCCCGGGGGUGCUUCUUUUUUUUCCCAGCAGAGAAGGUUUUAUUAAAGGAAAAAUUGUAAAAAAAGUGUUUGGGGAUGCGACAUCAAAAAAUAAAAUACUAAAAAUACCCAUGCCCCCGCCUCCAAAAAACUCCCCUUUUCUCCCCCCCCCCCCCCCCGACAUUCUCUUUGGUAAUUUUUUUUGGCGGAUUUUUCUCUCCGUGCCGCGUCUUUGUCCCCUAAACCCAUGGAAAACGUUUGCAGUCCAAGUGUACCUUUUUUCGACCACCCCCCCCCCCCCCCCCCCUCCCCCGUAAGCGACCACCAACUCUUCGUAUUUUGGGUAGUCGCUCACGGGAUGUUCUACUGUGUUUACAACGUAGGAAUGUUUAUAUGAACGUAAAUUCUGCAAAUAGGUCGUUGAGAUCGAAGUCAUCAACAUAUAAGAUUCUAAAAAUGCCGGUUAUGCCCAGCUUAGUUUGUACAUCCCAAGGUCGUUUACCAGGACCACCAGAAAACACCAUUUCUUAUGAAAGCAUUCCACAAAAUGCAGGCCCUUGUAAGCUAUUCAAUUUCGGCCAAAAGAUGUACAAAUACGCGAAAUAAACGAUCUAAGUGAUUAUUUCUUGUCUAAUUUUUCUUUUAGGGGAAGGAAGAGAAGACGAAGUGCAGAGAUUGCUUGACGAAGGAGCUAAUCCUGAGUGUGUGACAGCCGAUGGGACUCCGGCUAUCAUUGUUGCAACUGUCAACAAGCACUCAGACUGUUUUCCAUUAUUGGUAAACGCAGGCGCUAAACUGAAUGCUAAGAACAUGUCUAAAGGAAAUACUGCUUUGCAUGAAGCAGUGCUCCUUGGUGCAGAUGGACUGAAGUGUGUUGAUGCCUUGUUAGGGCUGGGAGCGCGUACCAGUGUGGCAAAUGACGCUGGACAGACGGCGUAUGACCUGGCGAUGUCAUCAGGUCUGGACAGUGUAGCUCAGAGAUUCACUUCCAGUGUGGGAGAUGAAAUGCUGCAGAAACUUACCAAGCCGAAGAAAGUGAGAUCUAUAGAUGAAGAUUUCUAGUAGGAAUAUUCAAGGGAAUUGAUAUGUUUCUUUAAGUUGUCUCAGAGUACUUUGCUUUGCUUUUUUUUUCAAGUAAGAAUACGGGAAACAACUUCUACAGAGUACGUAUUUUUUUUCUUUCGAAAAAAUGCUUAGCCUUCAGAGCAGGCGUUUAUUUUGUGGGUUUUAGGCGAGCGAAGCCAAGGCGGACAUGGAGCAAAAGAUGCGCGGAGGAAUGAGCGCGAACAAAAAACGCGUCUCUCCAAACCAC